GAGGAGCGACGACUCGCAGAUGCCGAGAAAUCCGAGAAUGGAAUGUGACGUAUCGAUAAAUAAAAUAGAGGCGAAUCGCGGCUCGUUGCCAAAUUUUUUGGCGUUCGCGCGCACGAGGCAAUAUGUGAAGCCACUCCCGAAUAAACUUGGCGCUUUCCGCGGAAGCUCGUAACGCGCACGUAUUUCAAAAGGUUUGAAAAUGUCCGAUGACUCCGCGCCGGACUCCAGCACCGUCGACAACGAGGAGGAGGAAGAACGGAGGGUUCGCCGUGGCAAAUCGGGCGGAGCGGCGAGACGGCUGAAGGCGCUGUUCUGUUGUCUAAAGAGCCAGCCGUACGCGGCGGAAGGGACCGUCGAGUGCGAUCCCGACGAGUGCGACUACGUUGUCGAGAAGCUCGUCGUGAGACGCGUGCCGCUCGCGCUCUUCGCGAUCCCGGCCGAUCUCGCGGAUAACGCCUCGCGAUCGACGUCCUCGUCCGCGCUCGACGGGAACGCUCGUGCUAGUGUCGCGAACGCCACGCGAGAAGCAUCGACGAGAAUUACGACGAACGAGGCCCUACGUUUCGGAGAUGAACGUCGAGACUCGGUCGGCGAAAGUCUGGGUUGUCGAGCAAAGUCUUCGGUCUGGCGAGAGGGGAUUCCGAGUAAAUUCAAGUACUUAAAUUGGAAGGAAUCCGAAUAUCCGUGCAAGAAUCCUUUGAAUGUUUCACGGAGCAGACGAUUGUUCGCGGAGAAUAUCUCUGAAGCGACGUCCAGUACGAGAACCGAUGUUUCCUCCAGGACAACGUCCUCCGCGACUGUCCAGGACGAUGUUUCAACUCGGGACGGUCCUAUUCAUCGUGGAUCUUCUAAUCCUCUCUUUGGAUUUGAAAACGAAAGAAAGUCGCACGCGCAGAAAGACGAGGCAGCGCGAGACGCGUCCUCCGGGAAAGAGCGGGAUAAAUUUCUCCCUGGACGAAACCAGAAAUACAUAGUAUCACCGUUUCGAGUGCGAAGGGGCACCUUCGAUCUCGCAAAACCGAAGGAUGCGAUUAUCGACGAUCUUGGAGUGGAUGGCAAAUCGUUGUCGUAUAUCGAAGAAUCUGUCGAGGAUGAGUCUUCAGAGUCAACGGAAAAUGUGAAAAAUCGCGACUUGGGAAAGAACACAGCGGUCAGGUGGCGAAUCACCAUUAAACGCCAGCGUGCGAACGCGACUCUCGAACAUUCCGAGCCAUGUCCUUCUCUGGAAGGGAAAACGCACAGAUGAGGAUAUAUUCCCAUAUGCAACGACAGCUGCGUCCACCUGUGUCUAUACGUUUUCGCACCUGUGGACGUUGCCGCGGCGACGACCGUAAUAUCACA